AAUUAACCAAUUUGAGGGUUGACCUUAAUUGACUUUUUUUUUAGAGUGAAAGCUUUUGCAAUACUGACUCGUCAACCCCACUCUUCUUCUCUAUCCAUAUCGCUAAUGGAGCUUCAACACACACCCCUGACAUGGUCCUCUUCCAUCUCCUACACACCACCGCUAACCCAUUCAACGAACCAGAACCGCCGCAACUUACCACCAACGCCACCUCUUCCUUUCCGCGUCCAGUCGUUGAAGCGGUCCUCUAAGCCGGCGUCUGAGGGGCUCCAGAAGGACCCCAAGAAGGCCCUGUCUCGCAUUCUCCGAACCGAAGCGGCUAUCAAAGGCGUCGAGAAUAAGUCUAAGGCGUGGAAGCACCAGCGGACACAGCUUUGGCCUAAGGCUGUUCUUGAAGCAUUGGAUGAGGCCAUUAAUGCGUCUCAAUGGCAGUCUGCUCUCAAGGUUUUUGCACUUCUUCGUAAGCAACUCUGGUAUGAACCGAGAAGCCAAACAUAUACAAAACUGUUGAUGAUGCUUAGCAAAUGCAAGCAGCCUGAAGAGGCUGGUUAUCUCUUUGAGAUCAUGUUAUCUGAAGGGGUUAAACCUACUGUUGAUGUCUUUACUGCUCUCGUAAGUGCUUAUGGUCAAAGUGGUCUGUUUGACCAGGCACUUUCUACUAUUGAAGAUAUGAAAGCAGUUGUUGACUGUGAACCAGAUGUAUAUACAUAUUCUGUUCUUAUCAGCUGCUGUGCGAAAUUUCAUCGUUUUGAUUUAGUCGAACACAUUCUUGCAGAUAUGCGAUAUCUGAACAUUGAAUGUAACCAUGUGACAUAUAAUUCUAUUAUUGACGGAUAUGGUAAGGCUGGCAUGUUUGAACAAAUGGAGAACUCAUUGAUAGAUAUGAUUGAAAAUGGCAACUGCAGUCCGGAUGUUUUCACGCUGAAUUCUUUUAUUGGAUCUUAUGGAAAUGGUGGGCAAAUUGAUAAGAUGAAGAAGUGGUAUGAUGAAUUUCAGCUAAUGGGCAUAAAGCCAGACAUUAAGACUUUCAAUAUGAUGAUAAAGUCCUUUGGCAAAGCAGGCAUGUAUGAGAAGAUGGAGUCUGUGAUAGAUUUCAUGAAGAGCAGGUUUUUCACUCCCACAACUGUAACAUAUAAUACUGUCAUUGAGGUGUAUGGCAAAGCUGGAGAAAUAGAGAAGAUGAAUAACUAUUUUAAGAAAAUGAAGCAUAUAGGAAUGAAGCCUAACUCUGUAACUUAUUGCUCACUUGUCAAUGCAUAUAGCAAAGCUGGUCGUAUUGACAAAGUUGACUCAAUCAUGAGGCAUGUAGAAAAUUCUGAUGCAGUAUUGGAUACUCCUUUCUUUAAUUGCAUAAUCAAUGCAUAUGGUCAGGCUGGUGACAUAAAUAAGAUGGGUGAAUUAUUCCUGGCAAUGAGAGAAAGAAAAUGUGAGCCUGAUAGCAUCACUUUUGCUUGUAUGAUCCGGGCUUACAAUACCCAAGGGAUGACUGAGGCUGCUAAAAAGUUGGAAACAAUGAUGAUUGCUAGCAAGGAUAGCUAUGAUGCUAAGUUGAUUGGAUGCUAGCACGGCCAAUUUGAUUGCAGACUUAACACUUCCAGACAUCACUUUCCAUGGUGAUCCUAUCCUGACUUGGAAAGAUAUGAGAACCUAAGCAGGAGGAUAUAGCUUCAGACUUUUAUACAUUGUAGUUGGAUAAAAAAGAAGAUUUGAAAUUGUUGACGUGGAAUCCAUAUUGUUCUGACUUAGAGCUGACAACAGUAAUGUGCACAUUACUUGAAGAUAUAAAACGUUGUUUAUUAUCACAACCGAAGAGCAACACCAACCACACUCAGUGUCCAAUUGAUUUCACAGUACCUUAUCAUGUACGAGACACAACCAAUUGGUGCAGUUUCUUAUGUCGCCCGACCAAUCAUACCGCCUUGCUUACCAAUCCACUGCAAUCUUGCUCUAGUUCCCUUCAGAUGGGUUGCUGAAGCCCAAAGUGCCUUAAUACCUUGAGGUUUUGCAUUCUGAUUUGUACUAUUAAAAAAUCCUAAAUCUAAAAAAAACUCAGUGUAUGUUUGGAUUUUCAUUGAGUUCAAUGUUGAUCCACAUAGUGACAGAGUUUUGCUUC